UCAGCUCUCACGCUCACCUCCACACUCGGGGAUGAAUAUAUAUCAGUUUUCUACUACGCCUCCUUAUUAAAUGCCUCAGCUCCUUGCCUUUGGUUCCAAAUCUAUUCCCAAAUUCGUGAGAUCUCAACUUCUGUCACUGAAAGGAUCAUAUGUCUCGCAAGUAUUCGCCUCAUUUUCGGUGGAAGCUGGGUUGCUGAACCAGAAAGUGAAAUGUUCCAAACCCUCCAAGCCUAAAUCUCCGCUUGUUGAUGUGUGGGAAGGAAUGACGGUGGGUGAGUUGGCGGCCGCUGCUCGACGCGAACCGAAACUUGUCCUCUCCACCCUAAAUUAUGACAUUCUUGAAAGUGGCAAAGCUCUUCUAAACACAAAGCUUGAGGAUAAAGCGCUGUUGAUGUCAUUAGUUAAACUAAUGGGCCUACGACCCCGGUUUGAAGAUCAAUCUCUUCGGAUUCCGGUGGUUCGCGAUGCUCAUCCCAGACCACCCGCACAGCCCUCCGAGUGUGUGCCGCGCCCUGCGGUCGUCGCUGUCCUCGGUCAUGUUGAUCACGGCAAGACUACACUUCUGGAUUCCUUACGGGCUACCCGCAUGGUGGAUCAGGAAUAUGGUGGUAUCACACAGCAUCUUGCAGCAUUUACCGUCUCCUUAUCCGCGGUUGCUGCUCAGGCUGGUGUCAAGGAUCCUAUGAGCUCGCUACCCAAGGCACUUACUGAUUACAUCACUUUCUUGGAUACCCCAGGGCAUGCGGCUUUCUCUGCUAUUCGCGCUCGUGGUGCAUCCGCCACCGAUAUCAUCAUCCUCGUUGUUGCUGCGGACGACAGUGUUAUGCCACAGACGGUAGAAUCCAUUCACUUUGCCAAAGAAGCGAAUGCCCCCAUCAUCGUGGCCAUCAAUAAGAUGGACAAACGUGAAGCCGAUGCGGCUCGCGUGAUGGCGGAUCUGGCAGCGCUCGACGUUGUUGUGGAACAGUUAGGAGGUGAUGUCCAGUCUGUGGAAAUUUCCGCCCUAAGGCGGAUUAAUCUGCACUCUCUGCUUGAGGCUGUGUGCUUACAGGCAGAAAUGAUGCAGCUGUGCGCUGAUCCAAGCGGACCGGUUGAAGGUUUUGUGUUGGAAGCAAAGGUAGAACAUGGUAUCGGCAAGGUCGCAACAUGUCUCGUGACCCGCGGUCACUUGCAGAAAACUCCUACCAGUGGUCCUCUUGUCGCUGGUGAGGCCACAUGUAGUCCACGCCUCCUCUUCGACGAUCGUGGGCAACAGGUGACCUCCGUCUGCCCAGGCUUCGUGGCCAAAGUUGCAGGCUGGAAGGAGUUGCCGACCCCCGGUGACACAUUAUUGGAGUUAGACUCAUUAUCCAGAGCAGCAGAAGUUGUGCGUGUCCGUCGGGCAAUGCGAAUAAACCGUAAGACUGAAGAGGAUUACGCUGCAUACGCUGCUCGCAUGGCUCCCUAUCAAGCCGAGUAUAACGCAUUUAUUCAACACCGCCAGCAAUUUCAUCGAUCUCAGUGGCGUAAACUAGAUAGAUCUCGUCCCGAUCUUACACACCUUGUUUGUCCACCGAACCCCAAAUUGGUCAAGCUACCUCUUUUAAUUAAGGCGGAUGUUCAAGGCAGCCUAGAAGCCAUCAAGACACUUUUGUCAACGUGUCCCUCCGAUGCCUGUGACAUUGAGGUCGGACUAUCUUCCAUUGGACCGUUGACCGAGUCGGAAGUAAUGAACGCCAAAGCAUUAGAUGCCACUAUUUUGCUAUUCAACGUUCCUGUACUACCAGAAGCUGAGAAACUAGCAGAGACUGAGGGUGUUCAAAUCAAGCAACACAAUAUUAUCUAUCGAUUGGCCGAAGACGUUCGCGACAUGAUCUGCCAUCGACUGCCACCUUUGACAGUGGAGAGGAUUAUUGGUGAGGCUGAAAUAUUGGCGCUGUUUGUUGUCAAAGAGUCUCGCGGUGGUGGAGCACCUCUCAGUAUCCCUGUCGCUGGUUGUCGGUGCAUCAGAGGUCAACUCUUAUCAAAUCCCAAGUCAGCGUCCGUGCAUGCGUGAAACCGUUGAACCAGCAAGUAAGGCUGCCAUUUAUCCAGAGCCCAAACAAUAGCCAGACACUCCUUCUCCACCGUCGAAUACUUGCGUUUCGAUGACGUCAAAAUUCUACUAGCUUAUUCGAUCCUCCCUUGCUUUCGCUUCAGCACCGCACCAAUUCUGACUUCGCUUAAUCUUUGGCCACCGUAAAUGUUCCGCCGGAGCUCGGUGAUUUCAACUUCACUUCCUAUCUCUCCAUUUUCUUCGGAAGGUGCUUAAACACUCUCUGAGCUUUUGUCGUCCAAGUGAAUUUCCUUAUCCUAACAGCUCGUACAAAAGUGACGCCAAGCUUUUAAAAUUCCUGACAAAUUUACUGUGAUAUCCAGCGCGGCCCAAAAAUACCCGAAGACUGUGUUCGGAGGUCGGAACAGGGGUGCCCUGAACUAUCAAUACUAUCUCUGGCAGCGGCUUGAUCUCGCCCUGACCCACCUUGCAACCAAGCAGCGUCACGUACGUUUUCCCGUUUUAUGAUUUAGGCCCAUUUGUCCUCAAUCCCGACUGUUGCACUUUUUGCGACAUUGCUUCCAGAUGACGGCAGUGUUCUGUCUCCGACUCACUAUAUACCACGAUAUCGUCUCCAUACACGGCCACAUUCUCUUAUCUGUCCAACAGGCGCAGCAUCCAACGCCGGAAGGUGAUUGGGGUUCCAGACUAUUUAACCGGCAUCCGUUUUAAAUUGGUAAUAUUUAUAGCCGACUGCAAACGCCGUUUUCUCCCGGUCCUCUUGUUAGAUCACCAGCUGCAAGUAACCAGAUCUCGGGUGGGCCUUUUGUCUUCCAUUGUCCCAAUUUCCCAUAAAGGAAGCAUCGUCCCUUCGGCCUUAUCUUCUGAUAAGGAAUUUGAAGUGCCCCAUGUCUUGCGUAAUCUGUUUCAGUCUCUCCUCUAUCCUUUUCAAGCGUUCCUCUUCUUUUUGAUUUUCUGCUUAUUCUGCAGCGACUGCCUCAUGUGCAAACUCACUUACCACUUGGUCAAACUCCGCGACGUCCGUUCCGUAGGCGGCGUUUACAGUCCGCAACCGAUCGGCUAUCAUCGGAGGUAGACCGUCCAGAGACUGCUCCACUAACAGUUACUGUCUUGACGCGUGGUCCAAAUUAGACAUAGGUGGGCGGCGAAGAUGAACGUGUCCGCUCCCACUUUAAGCCUGGCUGCUUUGAAUCGCCGCAUCGCAUUCUGGCGGUCAGCUGGACCUUUGAACCCCGAUAUCGGCUCAUCCUUCACGUCGGCCUAUUCCAACUUAACUGGGCCCCUUCGUGUCGCCUCCAGAAUCACCUUCGUUCCGCCUUUGAGGAGGCUCCGCAGGGCAACGUGCUUCGCUCCGACCAUCUCCGCGGUCUCUUCGAAUUUCUCCAGGAACUUCCUUACGUCCCCAUCCUCAAAUGGAUCCGGCCAAGGGAUCUUUAUGCUCCACUUCCGGUCGAUCACGCCACCAAGUGUUAAGAAGGCAACGCGGUGUAGACUAGCUACGUGUUGUAAAACCCACGUCUAGGUAUUGUAACAGUUCGAAGAUAGAAACUCAACCCCACUUACCCUCCUCCUACCUAUCUUUCACUCUCAGUUCCGCUGCGCCCCUUCAUUCACAGCUUAUCGUUGGAGGUAUAUUUCUGCACCAUGCGUCCUGCAUCUGGUUGAUUUGUGCACCACUCAUCUCUCUUGCGCGGUGGUCCACGAUUUCUCUGAUUUCCUCGCGCUUUCUGUUUCCACACAUACUCAUUAGAAGCGACUACUAUCCUGACAUCCUGUCCUGACAUCUCUCCACGACGGGUGCAUGUGAGUAUGUAUGCGGUCGCGGAGUGCGGUGUUGCUGGCGAAAUUGGUGCUUUUCAAAUGAGAAGAAAUCAUGCUGUUUAUAGUACACGAGUGGUUCAUUCUUAUUUACAAUCUUUCUUGCUUGCAUGUUAAAUUACAUUUUCUUGCUUGAUACCUGCUCACAUUUGUUGUCUUUUAAGCUGACGUGUUGCAUUUGCUCAACUUCUGGACUUGUCACAAAUUUGUGGAAUUGCGUUGUAAGCAGUACGAUUUGCCCCACCUACUUGAACUUUCCUUACUCACACUUUGCUGUUUGGCAACCUAGCGUACAAUCGUUUUUUUGCCUGCAUGACUUGGUAUGUUCUGCGGAACGUUCCCUUGUGUCGCUCGAAUGAUUAAAACCAAUUUCGUUAUCUCUUUAGAGUCACUGUACGACUUCUAUCCCUGGUGUAUUGUGCACUAAACGUGUGUUCAGGCCAUAUUGCGCCGCCACUUUGAGUACUUAAUAAAAGUUGAAAAUCUGCUACGUGUUUACACUGCAUGCUGAACGAUUUACGGAGGCACCUGACCGUAGUUGAUGCGUCACUGGUCGAGAACGCUUAUCUGCCGAAUGAACCAGGUUUUAACAUGUGAUGAUGCGCAUACUUCCAUUAUCCAUUAAGCUGCGCAGUGUUGCUUUGCGAAGGACUUCCAAAACACUCGUAAUUGGUCAUAGGGAACAACGCUUAUCAUUUCGAAGCGCAACUGUGUCACCGAAUCACAACAUUGAUUGUCACUAACGGACGAAUGGAGGGAAAGUAGUCCACUAAUAGCAUUUGAUGCCGUUUGUCCUCCCAAAUUAAGGUAUCCGAGUGGCGGAUGGAUUUAAUAUUUCGAUUAGUCUUUCAAAGGCAUGAAAUCCUUAUCCGAAAUGAUUCCCUUAAAGUGAUUUUUAGUGUUGGUAACAACCUAAGAGCCAUGUUUAACUGGGAGUUAUAAUAUCAAUCUACAUCAUUGGAUGAAAGUAUUAUUCCAACCCAUUCAACACCCGGUGCUAGGCAAGACUGAGUGAAACAGUCGUCCCGACGAAUGCACAGUUAUUAUUAUUCUCUGGGUCGAGCAUCUUAAGAAGAAACUUAAGUAGGUCGCCUCCCAGAUUGUUAUUCGGUUCACGUGAACCGACCUGAGACCAUCACUAUCAAUCAUAUCCGUCAAUAGCUAGUACUGCUAAGACGAAGUGAGAUGCAAGACCUUGACGAGCUGGUUCACUUGUCGAUCAAAGGCAAAUGGACAUCCGUUUUUCAGUUUUGAGCCUUGGGUAUGUGGAUUGUUAGGCAAUGAAUCCCAAACAAUCUAGCAGUUAUCAAUAGGUUCUCUUCACUCAUAUACUUAUUUGGUAGCAAACUUUAUCAGUAGAACUUACUAGCACACCAUCACAUUCCCGCAUGGGGAACACAUCUCCACACUGUUACCUGAAUAAACAGGCGGCGGUUACAUCUUUACGAAUCAUCAUGGAAGGAGCUUCAGACGCCUUCAACCGGAUGUACGUUCUGUUUGGCCUUCCUUCGGAAUUGUUAAAUUCAACUCAGACAAACGUGCUCCUGUGUGUCCACUUCUAGGUUCACUUAAAGAGACUCCCUGAUGUUAUUGUACGUUCCGGAAAGUCUCAUUGUGAACUUAUUCUUAAAACAAUAAUCAUGCCUUCGAAUUCAGCAUCCACUGCUUCUGUUUCGUUCCUACUCGUAUUUCCUUGCAGUUAAAAUCUAACAGAUAGCAGAACAGACUGAAGGUUAUAUGGUCUCAUGAGGUCCGAUUACACAUCAUUACUGUAAUAUGCAAAGGCAUCCCAUGUGUCUGGUUUUUCACACCUAAAAUACAACUGCCUGUUUCCUGAUCUUUCAGAUGUCGCAGGUGAUGUUGUCUCUAUACACUACCGAGUUGUUCGGCCCUACAAAGCAGCGACAAAGACGACGAUCUCAUCACGGCCACACUCCGCUGCACCCAACGAUCCCUCUACUUUGGAUAAUGCACCACUGGGGACCGUUGUUAUCAAUCAAGCAGCCUGUCGAUCUAUGCGACACCAGAAGACAUUCGUAGAUUGUACACGCAGAGGAGUCGAAUGCGGACUGUCCCUCACCACAUCGGAACCUUUCCCCGAUUACAAGGAUUCGGACAAGAGACCUAAAGUGUCAUCCAGCCAACCGUCCUCGGAAAACUUCGUGUCAACUUGGGAAGUUGGCGAUCGCAUUCAGUGUUGUGCUAUCAUACGUGAACCACAGAAAAUCCAGUGGGAGUUUUAGACAGCAUCCACUAGUUAACGUAACCGACCAAAUUAAAUCCAGUGUCCCAGCUUUUCCUUCGUGAUAAAGAAACUUUGAUUGCGCACGACAUUUUUGACAAUAUUUACUUGACAAACGUAGAUUGUAUGCCAACCCGAACUUCUUUAGUGGCUUUCAAUCAGUCAUCGCUGAAAACGUCUACAUUUACCCAUAAUACAUAUGCGUCAGAGUUGAAAUUUUUUGAGGACCAAGUUUCUACGAUGCC